CUGUUAAUUGAUUUUUCGAAGUGCGAGCUUUCAGGGCGUGACUGCAAACGAUUAAGGAACUUAAUAAUCCAGUAUAGUGACAUUUUCAGUAAGAACAAAUAUGAUUUGAGUUCCUGUUCAGCGGUAAGACAUGAUAUAGAGACAACGACUGAAACACUGGUGACCAUGAGGCAACCAAGGUGUUGUCAAGGAAUCACACACGAACUAGUCAGCAAAUGUAGUAUUUGUUUUGAAGGAUGGAGGUUUCGGAAUAUGUAUGCAUUAUCGAAAACUUAAUG